AUGGCUGCAAAGAUUCUCGCAAACUUGAUUGUGAUGGGAGGGGGAAUCUUGGCAAGAGCAGUUGUUCAGGCAUAUCGUCAAGCACUUACCAAUGCCUCAAAAAAUGGCGUUGCACAAGAAACAAUUCAAAAUACUAUCCGCAAAGCUAGCACAAAGAUAACAGAGCAAGAGGCACGCCAGAUUCUCGGUGUUACUGAGGAAACUCCCUGGGAGGAUAUUAUCAAGAAAUAUGAAAAAAUGUUUGAGAAUAAUGCCAAGAAUGGGAGUUUUUACCUCCAGUCGAAAGUUUAUCGGGCGAAGGAAUGUUUGGAGUCUAUCAAAGAAAGCAACAAAGGUGAUGGAAACCCUAGUUGA